UCUCUCUCGAAAAAAAAAAAAAAAAAAGAGCGCAGAUCGAAGGCUCUCACUAAGGUUCGGUUGCUUGAGUUGAGUUCGUUCAUUGUUGCCCUAAAACAUGCUUCCCCUUUCUCUUCUUAAGACUGCACAAGGCCACCCCAUGGUAUCAUUAAAUGUCAUGUUGUUUACUACUUGAAAGAAAGUGAGAAAGGAACUGGCAAUAAUGGCCACAAAAACUCUCUUUAAAUGGUCCAAAAAGAUCACACCUUCUCAAGUAGAGCAGCUAAUUCGUGCAGAGAAGGACAUAGAGAAAGCUAAACUUGUGUUUGAUUCUGCCACUGCAGAGUAUUCUCAUGGUUUUAAGCAUGAUAAUAGCACAUUUAGUGCCAUUAUCUCUAAGUUACUCUCCGCGAAUCAAUUUACACUAGUAGAGGAUAUGCUAAAUAGAAUGAAGCAAGAAAAAUGCAAUAUCACUGAAGAUAUAUUCCUUUCUAUUUGCAGAGCCUAUGGUAGAGUUCAUAGGCCAUUAGAUUCCAUCAGGGUUUUUCAUAAAAUGAAAGAUUUUGAAUGCAAAGCUACCCAAAAGUCUUACAUCACUGUUUUUGCUAUUCUUGUUGAAGAGAAUCGGUUAAAGGAUGCAAUGAGAUUUUAUCAGCACAUGAGAGAAAUGGGUAUUUCAGCUAGUGUUGUUUCUCUUAAUGUUCUAAUUAAAGCCCUUUGUAAGAAUAGUUCGACUAUUGAUGCUGCUUUUAGGAUAUUCAAUGAGAUGCCUAAUCGUGGGUGUAAUCCAGAUUCAUAUACAUAUGGGACUUUGAUUAAUGGAUUGUGUCGGUUCGGGAAGAUAUGGGAGGCAAAGGAAUUAUUUAUAGAGAUGGAAACAAAAGGUUGUUCACCAUCUGUUGUUACGUACAGUUGUUUAAUACAUGGUUUGUCUCGGGCAAAGAAUAUGGAUGAAGCUAUGAGAUUGUUUCAUGAUAUGAAGAGCAAAGGCAUUGAGCCAAAUGUAUUUACUUAUAGUUCCUUAAUGGAUGGUCUUUGCAAAGAUGGGCGUUCUUCACAAGCCUUGGAGCUACUCAAGAUGAUGAAAAGCAAGCGCCAUAAGCCUAAUUUGAUAACUUACAGUACCCUAAUUAAUGGUUGUUGUAAAGAAGGAAAACUUCCUCUAGCUGUUGAGAUGCUUGACAAGAUGAAGCUUCAAGGAAUAAAACCUGAUGCAGGGCUAUAUGGGAAGAUCAUAAAUGGUUUGUGUGAAAAUUGUAAGCUUCAGGAGGCCGCAAACUUCCUUGAUGAGAUGGUACUUGCAGGCAUCUCACCAAAUAGAUUAACGUGGAGCCUACAUGUCAGGACUAAUAAUAUUGUCGUCCAAGGCCUUUGCAGUAGUGGCGAUCCGAAUCGAGCCUUUCAAUUGUAUUUAAGUAUGCGCACUAGAGGUAUCUCGGUUGAAAUUGAAACUUUUGAUUCUUUAGUGAAAUGUUUUUGUAAUAAAGGGGACUUGCACAAAGCUAUUCGUCUUGUUGAUGAGAUGGUGCUGGAUGGAUGUGUUCCUGACCAACUGACAUGGACUGUAGUGCUCUGUGGUUUCUUGGACAGAAGAAAGGUGUGGGAAGCAUCAGAGUUGCUAGCGAUUGAGUUGUUAAGCAUAUAAGUCUAGCAUGUCAUAGAACUUAGAGUGCAUUUUUCAUCUGAAAGCAUACAUUCCAAUUUCAUCUCAGUGAGUGAAAUAUAUGCACUGGCUCUUACAUGAUGUGUUUUUAAUAAAUGAAGUACACCAUUUUAUUUACAA